CACAAAAACACACACACCCCACCACAGAAAAACAGAAAACACCGCAACCAGCAAUGGGCAUAGUGGAAGAAGCUCACAACGUCAAGGUGCUGGGCCCGGGCGACCGCCCUACCAUUGUCCUUGCCCACGGCUUCGGCACCGACCAGUCGGUGUGGAAGCACCUGGUCCCCCACCUCGUCGACGACCACCGCGUGGUCCUGUUCGACAACAUGGGCGCCGGCACCACCAACCCGGAGUACUUCGACUUCGAGCGGUACGCUACGCUGGAGGGGUACGCGUACGACGUGCUCGCGCUGCUGGAAGAGCUCCGGGUCGAGUCGUGCGUCUUUGUCGGGCACUCUGUCUCGGCUGUGAUUGGUGCAAUCGCGUCCGUGAAUCGGCCUGAUCUGUUCUCCAAGAUUAUCAUGAUCUCUGCUUCUCCGAGGUACUUGAACGACGUGGAUUACUACGGAGGAUUUGAGCAAGAAGACCUAGACCAGCUAUUCGAGGCGAUGGCCUCGAACUACAAAGCGUGGUGCUCCGGAUUCGCGCCGUUGGCGGUGGGCGGCGACAUGGACUCGGUGGCGGUUCAGGAGUUUAGCCGGACCUUAUUCAACAUGCGACCGGACAUAGCCCUAAGAGUGGGCCAGACCAUAUUCCAGAGCGAUUACAGGAAUCUGUUGUGCCAGGUGAUGGUGCCGUGCCACAUCAUACAGAGCCUGAAGGAUCUGGCGGUGCCGGUGGUGGUUUCUGAGUACCUCCACCAGAACCUCGGCGGGGAGUCGAUCGUCGAGGUCAUGUCCACCGACGGUCACCUCCCGCAGUUGAGCUCGCCAGAUGUGGUGGUUCCGGUGCUCCUCCGGCAUAUACGUUAUGAUAUUGCCGUCUGAGUUUUUUUUUUUUUUGGAGGUUUUGAGAGCAAUGCUAUGCACAUAACCUUAAAACACUUAUUAUGAAUUGUUCGAUGCACAUAGGCUCCACAUGCAUUGAACAGUUUCGGACGUAGUUGUGUCCGAAGUUAUGUUUUAAAAUUCCGUGCGUAGACUCUCAGUUUGAUUAUAUCUGUGUGAUAUUUUCCCA